UACUGCCUACUUACUUCUCACCAAAAUCAGGGUUUCCAUAGCCAGAUAUAAAACCUCGAUACGAUCGGAGAAGAAGGAAGAAGAAGAAGAAGGUGAAAUCAAGUCUUAUUCAUCAUCAUCAUCACCAUGGCGGCGUCGACGAGUAACAUCUGUUCAACGAAGUUUUUUGUGGCGGUCUUAUUGAUUUCAGCGAUUCCGAUCGCAAUUAUCAUAUCACUUGAGACGGCAAGUUUGUCAACUCACGCUUAUUACUAUAACAGCGGCGGAUGGAUGAGAGAAUGCGCUAAAUGGGACGAGGUCAACCGUAGAUUCAUCGUUUCAUUCUUCGAUGGAGGAAUUGGCGAGAUCCGAGUGGAUGACGACGGCAAAGAAGGUGCGUUGGAGGAGGUGACUGUGGUGAAGGAAGCCGAUCUGGCUGGGAAUUCUUCUCUUGGCAUGGUGAUUGAUCGGCCAAGGAAUCGUUUACUGGUGGCGAUUGCAGAUGUGUUUGGCAACAAGUAUAGCGCAAUUGCUGCUUAUGAUCUUACAUCCUGGAAUCGUUUAUUCCUUACUCAUCUCACUGGCGAGAAGACGUUUGCAGACGACGUAGCAGUUGAUCACGAAGGAUACGCAUACGUAACAGACACGAAAGGAAGCAAGAUUUGGAAAGUGGCACCAGAUGGAAAAUUCCUCCACCUUAUAGAAAGCCCUCUCUUCAAACCGAAAGAAUGGUACAAAAACUUAGUCGGACUGAACGGAAUUGUAUACCAUCCAGACGGUUACCUAAUCGUGAUCCACACCUUCUCAGGCAAGCUCUUCAAGAUUGAGACAGGUAAUAAUAAGGAUGGUGGAGAAGAAGUGAAGCCUAUUGACAUCAUAAAGGGAUCACUUUUGUUAGGAGAUGGUUUAGAGCUAUUGUCUCCAACCAAGCUUGUGGUUGCUGGAUCAAAAACAUCACUUCUAGUCGAGAGCUCUGAUGGGUGGGAGACAGCUCAAGUUGUGGGUAAGUUUAAGGGACCUAUUCAUAGGCUCAUGACUGCUGCCACUGUGAAAGACGACAAGGUUUAUGUUAACCAUAUGAUCGGGAUGGGAUAUCCCAAACGAAAGCACGCUAUUGUCGAGGCUGUAUUUGAAAGUUAGAAUGGAUCCAUCAGAGCUAGCCAGAGUUGUCAUAGAAAUUUACUCUUUUUGCUCGGGUUUUUUCUUCUGUUGGGAUAAAACCUUGAUUCAAUUUGAGUCUCCUCGUUAUAUUAUGCAUCUUGAAUAAUUUACUGUCAUGCAUUUAAAUAGGUGAUAUU